AUGAAUAAAAAAUUAAAACACAUGAAAAAUAAUAUAAACAGAACAAAUAAAAAUAUGGUGAAUACUUUAAAAAUAAAUUAUAAUAUGAAUAAAGAUACAGAUUAUAAUACAAAUGUAAACAAAGAAAAAGACAUAAAACAUAUUAAAAAUAUAAAAAAGAAUUAUAAUAAAAAAAAAAUUGAAGAAAAUUCAAAAGUGCAGGAAAAUGACUAUUAUAAAGAAUGUAACGAAGAUAUAAAAAAUGAACAUUUAGAUAAGAUUGAAUAUCUAAAUGGCGAUGCUUUUAGGAAUGUAAAAGACGGAAACGAUAAUACCUUUAUUUUUGAAGAAAAAAAGAAAGAAUUGGACAAUUCUAUUAAUAAUUUAGAAUCUAAUUCAACAAUUGAUAAUGAAAUGCAUAGUAAUAACACAAGCAUUUAUUUAAAUAAUAAAGAGAAGGAUGAAUCACAGGAUAGCGAAGAUAUUAUGAUGAAAGAUAGUAAGCAAUUAAAGAAAGAAAAAAAAAAGAGAAAAAGUGUUAAUGUAAAAAAUAGUUGUUAUAAUGAAAAAAUGAAUUGUGAGAAUAUAGAAUUUAGUAAAUUUGAUGAAAAUGAAAAUGAAUUAAAUAACAAUGAUUAUAUUGAUAAUACUAUGUUAAAAAGUAAUAAUAAGAAGAACAAUUACAAAUAUAAUGAAUGUAACAAAAUUGACUAUACUGAUUCAAAUGAAAGUAUCACUGAUGAAAAAAAAAAAUUGGAAAAAGAAUAUGUUAAUAAUAAAAUAGUUAAUUUAAAUACUACUACUACUACUAAUAAUAAUAAUAAUAAUAGUAAUAAUAAUAAUAAUAAUAAUAAUAAUAAUAAUAAUAAUAAUAAUAAUAAUAAUAAUAAUAAUAAUAAUAAUAAUGAUAAUAAUAAUAAUAAUGAUAAUAGUAAUAAUAAUAAUAAUGAUAAUAGUAAUAAUAAUAAUAAUGAUAAUAGUAAUAAUAAUAAUGAUAAUAAUAGUAAUAGUAACAAUGCUUUGCAUACUAAUAAUUUAGAGAAAAAUGAUAUGGACGAAAAUAUUAAAUGUAACCUUAAUAAUAAUAUAAAUAAUGAAUAUAAUAACGACAAUAAAAUUGAUGAAACAAAUAUUAAUUAUAGUGAAGUAAGUAAGAAAGAUAAUUUAAAAAGUAAUGAGGCAUUAAAUGAAGUAGGUAAUAUAAAAAAUCAAGGUCCUUUUUCAAAUGAGAAAAAUGAAAAAAUUAAAAAAAAUUUAGUUAUGCUUACGGCAAAUGAAUUUAUUAGUGAUGAUAAAAAAAAAGAAAUAGAAAAUUUAAAUAUAGGUAAUACAGAAUUAUUGAAAACUAUGAGCAAUAAUAACAUUUUUCAAAAUUGUGAAUAUGACGAGAUUUUAAAUAAUAUAAUUCAAUUUAAUAAAGAUAAAGUUGAAUUAAAUUUAAGUAGAGGAGAAAUUUAUUUAAAUGAAAGUGAGUAUACAUUUACUUCCUAUUUUCUGUUAAGUAGUGGAUUUCGAUUUCAUCCAAGUGAAGAAGUUAAAAAAAAAAAAAGAAAAGAAUUUUUUAAAAUGGAAGAAUUAAAUGAUGUGAAAAGAAGAACGAAAGGUGAUAAUAAGAAGUUGGAAAUGAAAAAAGAAGAAAAAAUUUCAGAGGAAGCAAAUGAAGAAAGUUAUAAUAGUUAUAUUAAAAAAGAGGAGUUAAUAGAAAAAGACAAUUUUAAUAAAAAAAAGGAAGUUAAUUAUGAAACUUCAAAAAGGGGUGAAGAAAAAGACAAUGCAGAAGAAAAGGAGAAAAAUGAACUUUUUGAUGAAAUUUUAACAAAUUUAAAAAAUGAUUUUUAUAAUCAAAUAUUAAAUAUAGAAAAUAAUUUUAAAAAUUUAGAUAAUAAAAUAGAAAAUAAUAAUUUCUUUAAUUUUCAUUGUAUAAUGGAAAAACUAAAAAAUAAAAAAUAUAAUAAUAUUUUAUAUGUUUAUAAUGAUAUUUAUUUAUAUUUAAAUAAUUUGUUAUUUUUAUCAAAACCCUCUAGUUACAUAUGGAUGAAAUUGCAUGAAUUAUCUACUCAAUUAACUAAUACUAUUUAUAAUAUUCAACAAAAAAAAGAGCACAUAUGGAAUAGAGCAGUUAAUAACUUUCAAAAUGAGGAAAGAAAUAUAAAAGAAAAAAAAAAAGAAAAAAGAGAAGUAGAAAAUGAAAAAAAUGAAAAAGUUGAGCAGUCUAUAAAUGAAGAAGAGAAAAUGGCUUUUCAGUUACUUCUUAGUAAAUUACAUCAGGAUAUACAUUUUGAAUUAUUUAGAAAAUUUAAGAAUAAGGCUGUAUGGAAGACUUUAGAAGGGGGGGAAAUAGAAUUAGAUGAUAAAUUGACAAAAGCUCAUAUUUUUAGAGAUAUGUACAACUGGUGUAAGGCUCAAUUAAAUAUUAAAAGUAAAAGAAGUGACGCGUCUGAAAGUGACUCUUCAAAAGAUUCUUAUUAA